UGCAGUUGAGUGUGCUAGGAAGCAGCAACUAUAAUGUUCAACUUUGAAAGAAUUAAAAACCAAGUGUUGAAUCGUAUCGAGUGUCCUGGGACCGAGAAUCACUACAAAAUUACUCUGCGCAAUGGAUUAUCGCAAUAUGCUCCGGAAACCUUGAACGAUGGCACAAAGCGAUAUGGUGUCAUGAUUGAGACGUAUUUACCGUUAGCCGAAAAGAUCAAGAAUUUUCAAGUGUUCGAAGAUGACGUGUGGGUGGUUACAUUUCCCAAGUGUGGAACCACGUGGACCCAGGAAAUGGUGUGGCUAUUGAAUAACGAUCUCAAUUUUGAACGUGCCAAAAAGAUGACGCUGGAAGAACGGUUUCCAUUUCUGGAGCUUACAGGAGCCUUAACUCUAAUAGGUGGUGAUACCGUGAGCGAUGUCGAGAGUUUACCCCGACCACGGCACAUCAAGUCCCAUCUUCCGGUUAUGCUGCUACCCGAUCAGAUAUGGACAGUUAAACCGAAAGUGAUCUACGUUUCCCGUAAUCCCAAGGAUGCCGCAACAUCAUUCUAUCACCACUAUCGUAACAUUGUAGGCUACGAUGGACCCAGAGAGCACUUUUUCGAUGCAUUCCUAAGUGAUAAUUUGAUUUAUGCACCAUUCAGCGGGCAUGUGUUGGACUAUUGGAAGUUAAGAAACGAGGAAAACUUUCUUUUUGUAACCUAUGAGCAGAUGAAGCGGAACUUGAGAAUAGUCAUCAUGGAGGCGUCUUCUUUUCUGGGCAAAUCAUUUACAGACCAGGAAAUUGAAACAUUAGAGCAGCACUUGUCAGUAGAUUCAAUGAGAGCAAAUAAAUCCUGCAAUAUGGAUGCACUCGUUGAAUGGGCGAGGAAAACCAACUACAGUGACGAGCGGAAAAAGGACGAUGCGCAUGAAUUUAGGUUCAUUCGUAAUGGCAACGUUGGUUCCUACAAAAGCGAUAUGAACGAGAAAUAUGUCGAACGUUUUAACGUGUUCGAGAGACAAAUGACGGAAAAUACCGAUUUUAACUUCAAUCUCUAGGCACACACAAUUAUAAACUAUAAUUAUCCAAUUAUUUUCAAGCAGUUGAGUACUAGAUGCAGCUUUAAGUGAUUCAAAUAUGUACAGUU